UGUGAUUGACCCCUCGCCUAAUUCUGGGCACCAGCAGCAGCCGCACCCUACACCAACUAGACGAGACAAAGCACAUCUGAAGGCUUCCCCUUGGCAUCGAUCGCAGCAGCAGAGCAUAAUACAGAGCGUUUAGCAAUGGCGCCGGUGAAGGUGUUCGGGCCGGCGAUGUCGACGAACGUGGCCCGGGUGCUGGUGUGUCUCGAGGAGGUCGGCGCCGAGUACGAGGUCGUCAACAUCGACUUCCAAUCCAAGGAGCACAAGAGUCCCGAGCACCUCGCCAGAAACCCGUUUGGCCAAAUCCCGGCGUUCCAGGACGGUGAUGUCGUGCUCUUCGAGUCCCGAGCGAUCUCAAAGUACAUCCUCCGCAAGUACAAGUACAGCAAGUCAUCAGCCUCAGCCGCCGACCUCCUGCGCGAAGGCGACCUCAAGGAGGCGGCCAUGGUGGACAUGUGGACGGAAGUGGAGGCGCACCAGUACAACCCGGCGCUGUCGCCGGUCGUCUACGAGUGCCUCAUCCACCCGGCCAUGCGCGGGAUCCCCACCGACCAGCGGGUGGUGGACGAGAGCCUGGAGAAGCUGAGGAAGGUGCUGGACGUCUACGAGGCGCGCCUGUGCAAGCACGCGUAUCUGGCGGGGGACUUCGUCAGCUUCGCGGACCUGAACCACUUCCCUUACACCUUCUACUUCAUGGCGACGCCGCACGCGUCGCUCUUCGACUCGUACCCGCACGUCAAGGCGUGGUGGGAGAGGCUCCUGGCCAGGCCCUCCGUGAAGAAGCUCGGCGCCACCAUGGCUGCUGCUGCCGCUGCCGGUGUCAAGGCUUGACUUGAGCGCGCACGGGCAAACGUUGUUGGAGAUUUCUUUGAUGCAUGCGUUUCUCAUAAUAAUUAAUGUAUGUAGGCGGCGGCUUUUGUUUUGUGUUUGUUGUACCUGGAGUACUUCACGCUUGUGCAAUCUCAACGGAUCGUGGCUUGUUUGCAUUGCCUCUAGUUUGUUCCCUGAUGUUAGGGACGGAAUGCAUGGUUGUGUCUUAUUGUUUGGUAAGGGUCCUAUUCUGUGACUAGUAAGGAAAUGAAGGGCAUGUGGAUCCCAUGUUCUAAACUUUA